AUGCAGGCUCAACACCCAGUAGCAGAGCUGCGUCUCUUGUUUACCGCUGCAGGCGGGAUGUGCGCUGAUGGCCGUGACGGACAUGCGCAGGUCGCAUGGGCAACCAGCUUAUAUCUCUAUCUAUCUGUCUAUGGACGGCCGUGCUGGCGAUGGCGAAUCGGGAGACUGGAUAUUGAAAAGGAUGUGGCCGCUACAUACUGCUUCUCGCACCUCCAUUUUCCAUCCAAAGUGCCAUCAUCCAUUCAGUAUCUGUGUCUGCAUCUAUUACAUCCCACGGCAAUCAAUCCUGUCUGUCAUGUCUCUGCUUCAGAUCGCCUCGCACCGGAAUUGAAACUGCAUCAUUCAAGUUCGUGCGGUCGCACCAGAUACUGUUGCUGCUCGACGCUUCAAGGCAAUUCGGCAUCUUCAUCAUCGUCAUCCCUGGUCAAACCCGAUCCCGAUGGCGUUGUACAGGCCUCCGUCACCUGCUCCGCUCUCGCACAGCACAGCACAACACAGCCCCGGUUCGUUCGAUUCAAGACAACGAGAGAGAGAUCGAUCGUCAAAGACACCAAGCAGGCAGGGCAAGGCAAGGCAAGGCAAGGCAAGGCAAGGUACCUGACCUGUGCGCCAGAAUCGACGCUCCCUCGAGUUGGUCUCGCAAACGCCCUCGAACAGCCCCGAAUCCGUCCGUCCAUCCACCAAGGGGGUGCCACCCUCACAUACCUACCUACCGACGUGACUCUCCUCUCCCCAAGUUUCCCACGUUGA